AUGGACGACCCAUUUGAACAGGUUCUGAGUGAUACCCACGAGCAGACGAAUCGUUUGAUACAAUACUUGGACGGGAACCAUGAAAUUGACGACGAGAUAAGGGACAUAUUCACAGAUUUGGAAGAAACGGUGCGAGAGCUGGAUUCCAGCAUCCUGGUGAUGAAAAGAGACGGCUAUGUGAACGACGAUUUGAUCAUGGAGCGGGAAGAGCGGAUGCAGGCUCUGAAACGCGACGUAGCGCGCCUGAAGGCGCAAAUACCGAGCCAGCGGGCCCUGGAAAACCCUGCUUCGAACCUGGACUUUGAUGUAUCAUCAUCUUCUGAGACGUCUGACCUGCAAACCAGCAAUCCCAUGCAACAGGAAAUGCUGCAAGAGCAGGAUCAGCAUUUAGACACGAUUCAACAAAGCAUGCGGAACCUGCAUUUGCAAGCGUCGACCAUGGGCCAGGAGCUCGAAGACCAGGGCGUGAUGCUGGACGAAAUGGACGGGAGUGUUGACAACGUCAUGAGCAAGUUGUCACGCGGGCGUCGGCAGUUAGAGUGGGUCUACGAGAAAAAUAAGGAGAAAUUCAACGAUUGCUGCAUAGGGCUGUUGAUCGUCGCACUCAUCGUGCUGCUGGUUUUGGCGUUCGUGCUGUAG